CGUUCCCCGCUACCGAGGGUAACGGUUGGACGAGGGAGCGAGGCUGCCGCUUUGUGCAAUUGGCUGCGGCGCUGUCACUCCUUCGUCCUCCCCCGUCACUGCUGGUGGUGCUCUCUCGCUUUCUGGGCCUGAGGCGAGACUGCUGGCCAGGCCGCGCGAGGAGGGGGUUCGCACCAUCUUCGCGGCAAGGGACGGAGGAGGAGGAGGUGGGAGCUUGCGCGGAGACGCAGCGAGGUAAUGCCGGGACCCAGGAGGGAGCUGGCACACCGCUGAGAGAGCGAGGAUAGCGGGGAGAGAGAUGCGCUGGCCGUGCAAGUCCACCACCUCCAGUUGCUGCCUCCGACGCUGUGCAGCCGCAGUUUAGGUAACGUAAUCCAUGGGUAAAGUUGGGAAUAUGUGGAACAGCUUCAAGUACAGAUGCCAAAGUCUCUUUAAUCCUGAAGGUGGAAAUAGAAAUGAAAAUGUAGACAUAAAUUCCAAUAGUGCAUCUGUUAGAGAUAAAAGUGUUUGUGUGCCUGGUCCAGCUCAGCAGCAACCUAGCAGCCCUUUGCAACUGAAUCUAAAUACUUCAAAAAGCUUUUCAAGGAAGAAUCAAAAUUGUGCCACAGAAAUCCCUCAGAUUGUAGAAAUAAGCAUUGAGAAAGAAAUUGACUUGAAUGUUGCCUCAGGAGCUAAAUUUGCACGAAGGGAUUCCUACUCACGGCAUGCCCCAUGGGGUGGGAAAAAGAAACAUUCCUGCUCUACAAAAACCCAGAGCUCUUUGGAAAGUGAUAAAAGAUUUGGCUGUUCUCACUUGCAAAGGAGGGAAAGAAGAUACGGUGUGAGCUCAGUUAACGAUACGGAUAGCAUCUCAAGCAGAACCAUAGGAAGUCGUUCUCUGAGGCAAAGACUGCAGGAUACUGUAGGCUUAUGUUUCCCUAUGAGAACGUACUGCAAACAGUCUAAGCCUCUCUUUUCCAACAAAAGGAAGAUCCAUCUUUCUGAACUUAUGUUAGAAAAAUGUCCUUUUCCUGCUGGGUCAGAUCUGGCCCAAAAGUGGCAUUUAAUUAAGCAGCACACAGCUCCAGUGAGUCCACACUCUGCUAUUUUUGAUGCAUUUGACUCCUCCUUGGCUUCUACAGAAGAUGAGGAAGACAGACUGAGAGAGAGACGAAGGCUCAGUAUAGAAGAAGGGGUGGAUCCUCCUCCCAAUGCUCAGAUACAUACCUUUGAAGCUACUGCACAGGUUAAUCCAUUAUAUAAACUAGGGCCAAAGCUGCCCCCUGGCAUGUCUGAACUGAUGGGAGACUGCAGUUCAACAACACAAGGAAGUUGUGAUUUGGAGGAAGACACAACUACUCUCUGCUUGCAGUCACGUAGACAAAAGCAGCGCCAAAUAUCUGGAGAGAGCCAUAGCCACAUCACCAGACAAGGAGCUUGGAAAGUACAUACACAGAUUGAUUACAUUCACUGCCUAGUGCCAGAUUUACUUCAAAUUACCAGUAAUCCAUGCUACUGGGGCGUGAUGGACCGUUAUGAAGCAGAAGCACUUCUAGAAGGAAAACCUGAAGGGACUUUUUUGCUCAGGGACUCUGCUCAAGAAGACUACCUCUUCUCUGUGAGCUUCCGCCGCUAUAACCGGUCUUUACAUGCACGCAUCGAGCAGUGGAAUCACAACUUCAGUUUUGAUGCUCACGACCCCUGUGUGUUUCACUCCUCCACUGUAACAGGACUUCUGGAACACUACAAAGAUCCUAUUUCUUGCAUGUUUUUUGAACCGCUACUUACAGUUUCCCUAAACAGGACUUUUCCUUUCAGCUUGCAAUAUAUCUGCCGGGCAGUAAUUUGCAGGUAUACUUCAUAUGAUGGGAUUGAUUGUCUUCCUUUGCCAACAAUGUUGCAGGACUUUCUGAAGGAAUAUCAUUAUAAACAAAAGGUUAGAGUGCGAUGGUUGGAGCGGGAACCAAUUAAGGCAAAGUGAACAAAGUUCAGAAUCCCUAGUAAGCUCACAUUGUGCUUUUUUGUGUAUGUGUUACAGUAUACUACAGUAAGCACAUCAGUGUUUAGAUUUUAUUGUACUUUGAGCUUAAUUGUGUUUACAAGUCAGAUGCUGCCUCCAGUUAAUCAAACUUAGUUGUGAAUACCUCUUGAAACAACGAACAGAACACAAAAUCACAUUUUUCAUGCAGACUUUUAGAUUAUAAUUUGCCAGUUACAAAAUAAAUCUACUUUCUACUACAGUAUUUGUAGUAUUGAUGUAAGACAGCUAUUGGGCAUUAACUUUUAAAUUCUAUUCAGUUUCAUAAUUCAUAAUGAAGUAGCUUGUUAGCUUUUUUCUUCUUGAUUGAUAUGAGCACUUGAAUACCAAAAAUUGAUUCAGAAUAGCUGCAUUCAGUGCUACUUUUCACAGUUCUUCUAUGCCACUUUUUAUGUCAAUACUGUUUUAAGAGGAAAAGUCAUAAGUAACAGGGGAAAUCACUAUAACAUGUCAUUUCUACAUUUUAAAAUCAUGUGUAUUAAGAAGUUCUGUACCAAUAUGUGGUUCUCCAAAUUAAAUAUUUUAAUGGGUUAAUCAUGUAGGUAUAAUCAGAUAGUUAAAUCUGCCAAAAAUGCAUAUAAGUAAAAUAAUAGUUCUAAAAGAGAGAGAAAAA